AUGAGCUCACAGCGUUAUCAACGGGUUAACGCCCAAGACGACGACGAAGCCCCUCCGUCGAUCGCAUUACAGCCUACACCCUCCUCUCCGCCUCCUUCGUUCCGCUCACGUUCUGCCUCGCCCUCCUCAAGGCAUCUCCUCCGCGAUGACCCGUUACACCGUCCCAGUACAGAUCAAACCCUUGCCGAUGCGUUUGAUGACAGCGAGUCCGAAGCCGGCGAUGAGCCAGAUGACCGCCAGCGGCUAAUGCGGGCGCAGCCGGAUCCCUGGGCGGCCGUAGACACCAGCAACACAUCGAUACCAGCAGAGACGGUUGGAGCAUCAUCAUCAUCUGGUGCAAGCAGUGAAUCGCAGUCGCAGUCGAAUGUUCAGCCUAUGGGUGGUAUUCAGCGGAGGCAAACGUUGUUGCCUUUUUUCAGUGGCAUGUCCGGCUCAGGGUCGGCCCGUGCUAUUCCCUCAUCGAAUGAUGGAGUCUUUGCGAAUCUGGCGGCGAAGCCGGAACGAGGAGAGAAGACAGAGGAUCUGCCUCCGUCAUACGAGGAAGCGGCCGCUGAUGCGACACCCCCGUAUUGGGAGACUACUAUUGUUGCGCCAGGGAUUUCGUCAGACGAGGUUUAUGUGGAUGGGCUGCCGGUCGGCUCGAUCUUCUCGUUUGUUUGGAACGCCAUGAUUUCCAUGUCGUUCCAACUUGUCGGCUUCCUCCUCACAUACCUACUUCACACCACACACGCGGCAAAGAACGGAAGUCGGGCUGGUCUCGGCCUCACAUUAGUUCAGUAUGGUUUCUACAUGAAAGGAGGUAGCGAGUCGUCGGGAGGGGGUGGUGGUACAGACGAAUACGUGACACCACCAGACCCUAAUAGCCACAGCUUUGAUCCGAGCAAGGUGGUUGACAGUGCGAGCUCAGGUGGUGAUGGGGGAGGAGGAGGUGUAUCGACAAUUACCACGAGCGAGUGGAUUUCCUAUGUUUUGAUGAUUGUCGGUUGGUUUGUCUUGAUUCGGGCCAUCAGCGACUUCCUCCGGGCUCGACGCCAUGAGCAGCUGGUCUUGCAGAGCCCCGAACGUGGGCUUCCUGUUCCAGUUAUUGCUGAGAACGAGCGGUCCGAGACGGUUGUCUAA